AUGGCUGAUCGCUUCCCCUCCUUGGAGGACUUCUCUGAGGGCCAGACUGAGGUCGUCGAGAAGAACAGCGCUUCUGAGGAUGACUUCCUCGCCCGUGAGCGCGCCGCUCUUGGAGAGGAUGCCGACCAAUUCGCUACCCCUCAGGACCACAUUGCGGCCGUCGGCAGCGGAGAUGACCUACUGGGCGGAGGUGACGACACCCCCGCAGAGGAGCUUGGACAAUUUGAGUCUUCCUUCCCCUCGGUAGAGACCCAGGCACAGAACGAGCGAGUUGCCCCUGGCGGUACAAUCACCGGAACCGGUUCCCCUUUCCCUGCCACUGGAUCUGCUUCUCUGGAGGACGAUGAGGAGGAGCCUGAGCCUAUUCGUCUGUGGCGUGAAAAGCGCGAUGCCGAGCUCGCCCGUCGCGCUGAGAUUUCCCAGGAGAAGAAGGAAGCCACCCUCCGCAAGGCCAAGCAGGAUAUCGACGACUUCUACGUUGCCUACAAUAACAAGAUCGACAAGCAAAAGGCCCAGGCCCGCGCCGAGGCUGAACAGUUCCUGGCCAGCCGCGAGGACACCUCUGCUGGUGGUACCUCUUGGGAGCGCAUUGCCAAGCUGGUCGACGUUUCGGGCAAGGGCUCCGCUGGCGGCGACAGCAGCUCUGGCAAGCAUCGUUUCCGUGAGAUGCUGGUCGAUCUGCGGAAGGAUAAGGAUGCCCCCGGUGCCAGCGGUGUCUAA